GUGGUUGGUGGGGAUUUUGAACACCCAAUCUGCGCGUGUUUUUGGUGAUCUCUCGAAGAAUGGGAUUCGGUCUUGUUGCUAUUGCCUACAUAUUAGCAUUAAUUUUUACGAUUGCUCUUAUAUUCCUCGUCAUUUUUCAAGUUAUCUCAUUUGACGAACUUCGAACGGACUACAAAAAUCCUAUUGACCAGUGUAAAUCACUUAAUCCGGUACCACUCGGUUUUGCCACUUAUUUCAUUUAGCUUGUACUUCCUGAAUAUGCACUUCAUGCUGCAUUCACAAUACUGUUCAUGUUCACAGGCCAAAUUGGGACUGUCUUGCUAAAUGUACCAUUGCUGGCAUAUAAUAUUUACAGGUACAAAAACCGACCAGUUAUGUCUUGUCCUGGAUUGUAUGAUCCGACUACGAUCAUGAACCAUGAUGAGCUUAGCAGAGCUAUGAAGGAAGGCUGGGUGAAGCUUGCUUUCUUUAUUAUUUCCUUUUUUUACUAUUUAUAUGGGUAUGUUCUUUACAGUAUCAUAACCUUGUUUAGAAUGAUUUACGUACUUGUCACUGACUGAAGAAAGACCAAUCUCUUCAAGAACAAAAAUGCAUAGUUCGAUCUUUCACAUUUUUUUCUGUGUACAAUAAUUCAAAUAUAAUGUCUUAUUUUAUAAUUCUUUCUUCUUUUCCUGUUUGGUUGCUAUCAUUAGGUCUCAAUAUUCAUAUUUUAGAAUGUCUCUACUGUGUUCCUUAUCAAACGAGGUGCCUGAGCAUCCAGUUGUUAGUCCUCGCUCGGGCCAUAUUUUUGAAAGACGGUUGAUUGAAAAAUACCUCGGAGAAAAUGGGACUGACCCUAUCGAUCAACAACCUUUGGCAGUUGAGGAGCUAAUUGAUGUUAAAACACCGGCCUUUGUCCGUCCUAAACCUCCUUCUGCAACAUCAAUCCCUGCUAUAUUAAAGACUCUGCAGGAUGAGUGGGAUGCAGUUAUGCUACAAUCAUUUACACUCCGACAGCAGUUGCAGACUGCUAGGCAGGAAUUAUCACAUGCUUUGUACCAGCAUGAUGCAGCUUGUCGCGUUAUCGCUAGGCUAACAAAGGAGGUAACAGCUGCACGUGAAGCUUUGGCUACAUUAAAACCACAAGCUGGUAUAAUACAACCAUCUCAGAUGAAUGUACAAAAUAUUAACACAACUCAUCAACCUUCUGCUGGCACAGCUCCAACUGUUCCUCCAUCCUCAGACACAAGUGACAACUCAAGUACUGUAGAUUCAAACCAGCUACAAGAAGAGAUUGGUAUAAGCGAAGACGUUAUCAACACUUUACAAGAACGAGCUAGUCAGCUUACAGCAGAGCGAAAACGACGUGGAAAAACAGUACCAGAAGGAUUGGCUAGAUCUCGGGCUAUUUCCGAAUACCAACAACUGGCUAAUCAUGUAGGCCUUCAUUCUGCUAGCAUGCCUGGGAUUAAUUGUCUUGACAUCAGCAAGACAUCUCCUGAGAGAAUUGUAACAGGGGGUAAUGACAAAACUGCUGUUGUAUUUGAUCUUUCUACAUCACAGGUCAUAUCCAUUCUAAAAGGACAUAACAAAAAGGUUACACAGGUUGUUUAUCAUCCGUCUGAAGAAUUAGUGUUCACAGGUUCGCCUGACACAACUCUGAGAGUAUGGGGUGUCGAACAAGGUCAAUGUGCAAGUAUAAUUCGUGCACACAAGGGACCUGUAACUGGUUUAAGUAUUCAUGCAACUGGAGAUUAUUUGCUUUCAUGCAGCUCAGAUGGUCAAUGGGCAUUCAGUGAUUUGCGACAUGGACGCGUUUUGGUUAGAAUUUCCGCCGUGGAUAAAUCUGGCAGUAUCCAAGCACUUACUUGCGCCCAGUUUCAUCCGGAUGGUCUUAUUCUUGGGACUGGGACUGCUGAUGGGGAGGUGAAAAUCUGGGAUGUUAAGGAACGGCGCAACGUCGCAAAUUUCGCACAUGGUUCAGGUACUAAUCAACCAGUUACAGCUGUCGCUUUUUCGGAAAAUGGAUAUUAUCUGGCUACAAGUGGUGGCGAUAGUCAAGUGAAGCUCUGGGAUCUGCGGAAAUUAAAGAACUUUAAAACUUUGAUUCCUGGUGAAGAUCAGCCAUCCUACGAAAUAUGCGAUGUGGAAUUCGACCAGUCUGGUUCAUAUCUUGCUGUUGCUGGUACUGAUGUACGUGUGUAUUUGUGCAAACAGUGGGAUCAGUUAAUUUCGUUCAAUGCACAUACAGCUCCGGCAACUGGGGUUCGUUUUGGUGAGAAUGCAACUACGGUUAUUUCAGCCAGUCGUGAUCGUUCAGUAAAAGUAUUUGGUACAUAAAUUACUCGUGAUUUUGUUCGCAGUUAUCAUAAUUUGUUCUGCGCUGUUUUGUUGUAUAUCAACACCACAAAUAUUCUUGUCAUUGUAUUAUGUCUUUAUAAAAUAUAUAUGUAUUUGCAUUU